AAACAGUGAUGAUUAAACGUGCGCAUCCCAUACUCGAAUUUGAGGGGAGUGCAAGUUCUAUUCCUUGGCGAAAUCGAAUUGAAAAUAACAUCCUGGGUCCUAGGUCGGUCAUGGCCACUUGUCGCUCAUGUGACACGCGUCAUCAGACCAAAGUGAAACAUAAACACAGUAAAAAGACACAUUUAAUGGCCUUGGGAACUUCUAUAUUUGGUGGCAUCAUAAGUGGUUGCAUUCCCUACUUUGUGAUUCGUGAGCCCAGCACCAAAACUUAUUUCUUGGCAUUGAUCAUUUCCCUCGCGGGUGGCAUCUCUGGUUGCAUUCCCUACUUUUUCAGCUCCAGUGAAAGUGUCACACAUUCCUGCCCCGCCUGCGGCACUUUUAUCGGCACCUAUCGAACUUAGAGCUGAGCAAACUGAAAAAUUAUUGUUCAUAAAAGUUAUAUUUUAAUAUGAUUUCUUGCAACAACAAAAAAUGAUUGGCAUUGCGCAAAAAGAUCCUGCCAAUUUUUUUUA